AAAAAAUUGAUACAAUUUUAAAUGAAAUCGGAUGUGAUAAAUUCGCGGCAAUUGUAACAGAUAAUGCUAGUAAUGUAAAGCUUACCCGACAAAUGAUUCAUGAAAAAUAUCCAAGGAUCUUAAAUCUAAACUGUAUAGCACAUUGUAUUAAUCUCAUAUCAAAGGAUAUUCUUCAACAUACGUUUGCCUCACGUCUUAUGAGAGAAUGCAAUGAAAUUAUAAAAUUUUUUAAAAAAUCACAUCAGCCAAGUUCGUAUCUACAUCAAGCAAUAUGUGAAUUAAAGAUUGUUGGUGGUGGCUUAAAAAAAUUUGUGGAUACAAGAUGGACGUCCGCGUACGAAUGUACUUUAUCGGUUAGCCGACUUGAACGUGCAUUUAUUAAG